UGUAAUGUUUUAAGAUUCAGAUUUGGAUCCUAAGUUGGUGAAAAAAAAACUGAAACAAAGUGUACCCUUCAGAUUUUGUUUUUGUUUUUAUUCUUUAACUUAGCAAAGUCAGAACAGUCUAUUCUUUCAACAAUUUCCCAAUUUUAUUUAUUUAUUGUUUUUUCUUUUCCCUUCUAAGGGAUAAAAACUCAAUCAUUCUAUUUUCUUUUUCACCUUCUUUUUGUUCAUUUUAAGCAAUUUUAUGUUAUUACCUCAGAGAAUGUUUCUUAGACAAAAAAUGUUUCUUUUUAUGUUUUGAAAUUUUCUUAGGAUCAAUUUUUUGUUCUUUGUUUCAUUGUUGUUAUUGUUAUUGUUAUUAUUAUUAUUAUAGAAAAAAUGAUGACAUGUCAUAAAUUAUAAUAGCAGUAUCAGUCUCUGAAGCUUCUGUUUCUUCAUCAUUUCAUUUUCUUCAUUUCUUAUAAUUAAUUUCCUUUCAUAUUUGAUCUUACCCAUCUUUGUUUUUUCUUCAAGAACCAAUUUUUUCUCACCCCAUUUUUCAAAGCAUGCUUUGUGUUUGUGAAAAUGUUUGUUAGAGUUACUCUCACCAUAUUUUAAAAUUCAAGACAAAUUGGUUUGUUUUGUUGCUAUGGUUUGAAAUUUGGUGUAAAGUUUGUUCUUUUAGAUGUAAAAAUCACUGAAAAAACUCAUCUUUCAUCUGGGUUUUUGGUUUAGUUUGUUGAAAUUGAGUUCUUGGGUUUUUGGGGUUUAUUUUUUUUUUUUUUGGGAAAUGAAAUUAAGCAUAUAGGGUUGUAGGGUGAUUUUUGUGGUUUUUGAGAAUGGGAUCUCAUGGUGGAGCAACAAUUCAAGAGGCAAAGACUGGAACUUUGGCUAAAGAAGGAUCUUUGUAUAAUCUCACACUUGAUGAGGUUCAAAAUCAGCUUGGAAAUUUAGGGAAACCCUUAGGAAGUAUGAAUCUAGAUGAACUACUUAAGAGUUUGUGGACAUCUGAAGCUGCUCAAGCUUCUGGAUUGGAUUCUAGUGCUACUGAUGGUUACAUGCAGAAUGGUCAACUAGCUUCUGGUUCAUCUAUGAAUCCAUUAAAUCUUUCUGGUGACCUUAGUAAGAAGACUAUUGAUGAGGUUUGGAGAGACAUGCAACAGAAGAAGAGUAGUAGUCAGGAUAGGAGAACAGCUACUGCUACACUAGGUGAGAUGACUUUGGAAGAUUUCUUGAUGAAAGCUGGUGUGGCUACUGAAACUUUUCCUUCUGAGGAUAAUGCUAUGUCAGGAAGGGUUGAUUCUCAAUCUCAAGAACAACAUAAUGCAUCUCAGGCUCAGCAUGGUCAUUGGAUGCAGUACCAAAUCCCUUCGGCUCAGCAACAACAACAACAGCAUCAGCAUCAAAAUAAUCAGAAUAAUAUGAUGACUGGUUUUGCAGGUUAUAUGGCUGGUCAUGUGGUUCAACAUCCUGUUUUGGAUGCAGGAUACACUGAAGCAAUGUUGAGUUUGUCGCCGUCUUCUUUAAUGGCUAAUUCGUCAGAUACACAAACUCAAGGGAGGAAAAGAGUUGCCUCUGGUGUUGUGGUUGAGAAAACUGUGGAGAGGAGGCAGAAGAGGAUGAUUAAGAAUAGGGAAUCUGCAGCUCGGUCGCGGGCUAGAAAACAGGCUUACACACAAGAACUGGAGAUCAAAGUUUCGCAUUUAGAAGAAGAGAAUGAAAGGCUUAAACGACAACACGAGAUAGAGAGAGUGUUGCCAAGUAUGCCACCACCAGACCCUAAGCAUCAGCUGCGCAGAACUAGCUCAGCUCCACUUUGAUGGCUACAUUGCAAAUGAGCUCCUAGUGAAAUUCCACGCACUCACGUAGUGCUUUCUCAUUUGCAACACUCAAGUUUCCAACAAUCGGAAAGCUAUUUUUCAUCUGGGAAACUCUACGACUAAUUAUCGCCGGCAUGCCCUCUUCGAAAAGUGUUUUCCUGUAUGUACAUUUUAUAAGCCAGACUUCCAGUUUACCCAGUACUAUAUAUAAGCUUUAGUGUAAUUUUGAAACAUAACACAUUGCGGCUUUAUUACCAUUUUUGGGGUCCUGUUCUGUGUGCGCGUGCGCGUCUGGUAUGAGUACAACUAUUAACCAU